GCAGCUCCACCGCAGCUAUCUGCAGAUGCUGAUAUCGUCAUCGGAGGGGUAUUCUCCAUCCACAGAAGCACUGAGGACAAGGUGCAUCUAUUCACCUCCAAACCUCUGCCUCCAUCAUGUGUCAGGUUGAACUUCAGAGAAUUUCAGUUUGCUCAGACCAUGAUCUUUGCCAUUGAGGAAAUAAACAACAGAACAGACCUGCUCCCCGGUGUGUCUCUAGGAUACAAGAUAUAUGAUGCCUGUGGCUCCAUACCUUUGGCUAUACGGUCAGCCAUGGCUCUGAUGAACGGCUAUGAGGAAAUGCUGACUGACACAUCGUGCUCCAUACCAGCAGCAGUACAGGCUAUCAUUGGAGAGUCUGGCUCCUCACCUACUAUUGCUUUAUCAUCUGUAGUUGGACUUUUUCACAUUCCUUUGAUCAGUCACUUUGCUACAUGUGCAUGUCUGAGCGAUAGGAACAGGUUUCCCACAUUCUUCAGAACCAUUCCCAGUGACUAUUACCAGAGCAGAGCACUGGCUCAGCUGGUGAAGCACUUUGGCUGGACCUGGGUGGGAACAGUGAGAAGUGACAGUGACUAUGGAAACAACGGAAUGGCCACAUUUGUUGAAGCCGCUCAACAGGAAGGGAUCUGCAUCGAGUAUUCCACGGCCUUCUACAGAACCGACCCCAGAGAGAAAAUCCUUCAGGCCGUGGAGGUAAUAAAAAAGGGCACUGCAAAAGUGCUCGUGGCCUUUCUGGCUCUAGGUGACAUCAUCCCUCUGCUGCAGGAGCUGGCUCUGCAGAAUGUGACGGGGCUCCAGUGGGUGGGCAGUGAGUCCUGGAUCACCUCCAGCAACCUGGCAGACAACCAGGAUUACAGGUUCCUGACAGGCUCUGUGGGGUUUGCUAUUGGUAAAACCAAACUGGAUGGCCUGGAGGAGUUCUUGAUCAAUGUCCACCCAUCUCGCGCCCAAGGUAACGCUCUAGUGAAGGAGUUUUGGGAAACAGCUUUUGGAUGUUCGUUUGAGAAAAGCAGUAAUUCGGCAGGAGGAACUCUGUGCACGGGAUCCGAGAGCUUGAGUAAACUGAAAAAUGACUACACUGAUGUUUCAGAGCUGAGAAUAACCAACAAAGUAUAUACAGCAGUUUAUGCUGUUGCCCACUCUCUACAUAACCUUUUAGCAGACCGUUCAAAGUUUCACUCCUCGACUAACAGCAACCACACCCAGGACAUUAGUCCACAGCAGGUGCUUCAGUAUCUGAGAAAGGCAAACUUCAUGACAAAAACUGGUGAGCAGGUCUCCUUUGAUUCCAAUGGAGAUCCUGUGGCACGAUACGAGCUGGUAAACUGGGGGCUUACUGACAGAGGAACGUUGCAGUUUAAGGCAGUGGGCCUCUACGAUGCUUCCUUACCUCCAGAGGAGCGCUUUAUAAUGAACCAGGGCAGCAUGGUUUGGAAACCCAGGUCAGUGUGCAGUGAGAGCUGUCCCCCAGGCACUCGCAAAGCCGUGCAGAGAGGGAGGCCCAUCUGCUGCUAUGACUGUGUGUCCUGCGCUGAGGGAGAAAUCAGUAAUACUACAGAUUCUAAUGACUGCAUUCCUUGUGAUGUGGAAUAUUGGUCAAAUGAAGAAAGAGACAGAUGUGUAUUAAAAAGAGUUGAAUUCCUGUCUUAUGAAGAAGUUAUGGGAAUAGUGCUAGUCAUUUUUUCAUUAUUUGGAGCAUGUGUGACUAUACUUGUGGCUGUGCUGUUCUUCAGAUACAGACAGACUCCAAUUGUGAAAGCCAACAACUCUGAGCUCAGUUUCCUGCUGCUCUUUUCAUUGAAACUGUGUUUCCUUUGCUCCCUCACCUUCAUCGGUCGGCCCUCUGAGUGGUCCUGUAUGCUGCGCCACACAGCGUUUGGAAUCACCUUUGUCCUCUGCAUCUCUUGUGUUCUGGGGAAAACAAUAGUGGUCUUAAUGGCCUUCAGGGCUACACUUCCAGGCAGUAAUGUCAUGAAGUGGUUUGGGCCUCUGCAGCAGAGACUCAGCGUUUUUGCUUUCACUCUCAUUCAGGUCCUUAUUUGUAUCCUUUGGUUAACAAUAUCCCCUCCUUUCCCCAAUAAGAAUAUGCAGCACUACAAAGAAAAGAUCAUUCUGGAGUGUGAUGUAGGAUCAGCAGUGGGGUUCUGGGCUGUGCUGGGUUAUAUUGGUCUCCUCUCUGCCUUGUGCUUUGUGCUGGCUUUUCUGGCUCGUAAGCUGCCCGAUAACUUCAAUGAAGCCAAAUUCAUCACAUUCAGCAUGCUCAUAUUCUGUGCAGUCUGGAUCACUUUUAUACCAGCUUAUGUCAGCUCUCCUGGAAAGUUCACUGUAGCUGUAGAAAUAUUUGCCAUUUUAGCUUCCAGUUUUGGCUUACUGUUCUGUAUUUUUGCCCCCAAGUGUUACAUCAUUGUACUAAAGCCUGAGCAAAAUACAAAGAAAAACAUGAUGGGGAAAAUAUCAUCAAAGGCCCUCUAA